AUGGAAAUAUCUCGUGAAAUAUAUUUUAUUCUAUGCGGAAUUGCAUUUACAAUAUUUUUUGAUUUAUAUAUAAGUUCAUCAAGUUAUGUACUUAUUUUAUGCGCAUGUAUUCGUAUUCUUUCAAUAUGUAUAGCAUUUUUUUAUCGAAUUAUUUAUGAUAAUUAUGAUAAUAAUGAUACAAAGAAAACAUUUUGGAAUCCAUUUAAAAAUAUAUUUGUUGUUAUAGCAGCUAUUCAACAAGCAUUUGUUUUGUAUUAUAUUAAAUUUUCAUUGAAUAUUUGGAUAAUAUUAUAUAUAAUUGUACAAGUAUCUAUGCCACUCUUCGCUUAUUUAUGGAUUCGUCGUAUAGAAAGACAAAAUCUCAGUUUCUUACAAUAUGCUUGGUUUGAAAUAUUUGAUUCAAAAACUAAUCAAGCUGAAGUUUUUGUUCCAUUAUAUACGGGAAGACUUUUAUCAAGUGUGGCAUUUAAAGAAGCAUGGGAACAAUUUAGAUAUAAUUUAAUAAUGUUUGUUGUUGUAAAUUUUGCUGGUGGUUUUCUUGGUGGAUUUCGUCAGGGAGUUUUUGCAGUAUGUAUAUCACGUCUUAGUAUACGUAUACGAACACAAUUAUUUGGAGCAUAUUUACGACAAGAAAUUGGAUUUUUUGAUACAAAUGAAAGUGGAAAAUUACUUUCACGUCUUAAUCAUGAUACACAAGUAAUGAGUUCAACAGUUGCAAAUAAUAUAUCUCAAUGUAUUGGUGCAUUAGUUAGAUUUAUUGGUACAGUCGUAAUGAUGAUUAAAUUAAGUUUUCAUUUAACAAUAGCUUGUAUUAUUGGUGCACCACUUAUAUUAGUUGUUGCAAAAAUAUGUGGAAAUAUGCAUCGACGUAUAUCAGAAAAAGUUCAAGAUUUAUCCGCUGAAGCAUCGGAAAUAGCUGAUGAAACAAUUCAAACAAUCCGAACAGUUCGAAGUUUUGGAAAUGAAGCCGAAGAAUUAAAGAGAUUUGAAAAUACUCUUCAACAAUCAUAUAAAAUCUCACUUAUACAAGCAACUCUAACUGCAGCACAAAGAUGGUUCGUCGAUUUAGCUCAAUUAUGUAUGAGUAUUAUUAUGCUUUCAUAUGGCGCUAAACUCGUCCGUGAUAAUUAUGUAACUGGACCUGAUCUUCUCGCAUUUAUUAUUUAUCAAUUAACUCUUGGUGGAAUAUUAAGUGAUAUUUCUCAAAUAUAUACAUCACUUAUGUCUGCAGCUGGUGCAAGUCAAUCUGUGUUUGAUUAUUUAGAUCGGGAACCAAUACAAAAAGUAAAUGGAAAGUUACAACCCGAUAAAUUACAAGGUGAUAUUGAAUUUAAUAAUGUUUCACUCGUGUAUCCCGCGAGAUCAGAUGAAAUUGCUCUUCAAAAUGUAUCAUUUAAAAUCAAAGCAGGUCAAACAUGUGCUUUUGUUGGACCAUCUGGUUCUGGAAAAUCAACAUGUAUUAAUUUACUCGAACGUUUUUAUGAUCCAACUGAAGGAAAAAUUCUAAUUGAUGGGAGAGAAAUUCAAGAAUAUGAUCAUAAAUAUUUACAUGAAAAAUUAGCUAUGGUUGGACAAGAACCAAUUUUAUUUAAUCGAUCUAUUAAAGAAAAUAUUAAUUAUGCAUUGAAAAAUGCGAAUGAAAAAGAUAUUAUUCAAGCAGCUCAAGAAGCGAAUGCACAUGAAUUUAUAACUGAAUUAACAAAUGAUUAUGAUACAAAAUGCGGACAACGUGGUGGACAUUUAUCAGGUGGUCAAAAACAACGUGUAUGUAUUGCUCGUGCUAUUAUUCGAAAACCAAGAAUACUUCUUUUGGAUGAAGCAACUUCUGCAUUAGAUCCAGUUAAUGAACGUUUGAUUCAAGAUGCAUUAUUUUAUAAUAAUGAAAAACAAGAACAACGAACUGUUCUUAUAUCUGCUCAUAGAUUAAGUACAAUUGAACGAUGUGAUAGAAUAUUUGUGAUACAUAAAGGUCAUUUAAUCGAACAAGGUACACAUGAUGAAUUGAUGACAAUUGAAAAUGGAAUCUAUCAAGAACUUGUUCGACGACAAAGAAUGAACAUUGAUGAUAAUUAA